UUGAUUUCAAUUAAAUUCGUUCGUAGAUUUUUGUGCAGUUUGUGAUUCGUAAAUUCGUCGUACGUUUGUACUUUGCUGAAAAUUUAUAUGCCAGAAUAUUUUCUUUUAGCGUUUAGACACAAUACUCUACUCCACAUCUGCUGGGUUGAUUGAGCAGUGAACAGUCACCUCUAUUGGACAGUAAAAUAAUGUCGAAUACAAAGAAAUCCAAAAUCUGGAGAGAGGAUCUGUACAAACUGCUUGAGGUUGCCGAUACAGCCACAGAAUCAGAACUAAAGAGUGCUUACCGAAAGAAAGCCCUGAAAUGUCACCCGGACAAAAAUCCCGACAACCCCAAAGCUGCCGAGCUGUUUAUGGAAUUGUCCUCCGCCCUCGAAAUCCUGAUUGAUGUCAAAGCCCGAGAAGCAUACGACAAGACAAGGAAGGCGAAACAGGUGAACGAAGCAAGAAUCAAGAAAUUAGACUCUAAGAGGAGAAAAUUCAAGGAAGACUUGGAACGAAGAGAAAAAGAAGCAAAGGAAUCUGCAGAAGCUGCCAAAUCCGCAAGUUUUGAGAGUAAUUCCCAAGCCUUGGACGAAGAACUGUUGAAGAAAGAAAUUGACCGGCUCAAAAAAGAAGGAUCACGAGCACUAAGGGAAGAGCAAGAGUUGAUCCGACAACAGAUUAUAAAAGAGCAGCAGGACAAAAUGACGCUUCUCCAUGUUCACGCUAUUGAUAACGAAGGACAAAAAGUUAGACCAAAGCUAAAAGUAAAAUGGUCUUCAUCUGUCAUGAUAGAUGAGGCGAAAUUGAAGAAUAUUUUUCAAAAGUACGGUGAAGUGACGAAUAUUAUAGUUAUUAAGAGAUCAGCUUUAGUGGAAUUUGUAAAUGGAGACGUAGCGACGAAAGCUUUUGAAUCUGAAUCUGUUAAGGAAGAAUAUCAAUGGAAGUUUGAGUGGGUUUGCAAACCUUCGCCUACUGGAAGUAGUAGUAACAGCAAUUAUUUUACAAAGCCGUCGCCAACUAUUAGAGCAUCUCCUCAGCUGCCGUCCUCGAGUUUUCCUACUCCUCCCUCUGGACCAACGUCCGAAACAUCGUUUGCUGAUUUUGAAGCUAUGAUACUUGGGAAGUUGUCGACCGCUGCUAAAGAUCAGAAUAAUACUUCGUAGUAAAAUUACAAAAAAAAGUGAUCAUUUUGUAUCUGAAAAUUUGUGAAAAUAAUCAUUCUAUUUAUUCUGUUGAUGGAGGGCAAAAGCUUGAGUCAAAUAAGUUUCCCAAAAUGACAGUGCAUUGUUGUAGUUUUUCACGUUACAACUAAUUAUUAUUACUAUUAUUUUUUAUCGGCCUCCUUUCUAGGCGAACUACCAACGGCAUCUUCGAUUGAAUCAAAUCCAUUUGAUCUAUAAUAAGAACAAAAUAAAUAAUACAACAGGUUAUUCACUGAGCUUUGCUA